AUGAAACGAAUCAUUGCACAAUCGUCGCUGCAACAACAUGACUUUGUUGUGAACAGGGAAAUUGGAUUAUAUUCUAGAAAAAAUGGUCUUGUGCAAAACUUCUACCAGAAAGAUCUCUCCAAUCAUUUUGGAUGUGUGAAUGCUCUCAAUUUUAGCGGUAAUCAGGACUUUUUUCUCAGUGGUGGUGAUGACCGUUCGGUCUUGAUGUGGAAAACAUCUGAAGCACUUCUGAAAAAGAGACCUGAAGCCAUGAAGAUGGACUCGGAACACAUAUCCAACAUCUUUGCUGUCGAAUUCAAUUGCAAUGGCAAUAUCGCUUAUUCUGGCGGAAACGAUUGCAUUUUGUUUGCUCACGAUUGCUCAACGGGAAAACUCAUCAGAUCUUAUACUAUUACUUGCCCAGUGUUCGAUGUGGAUGCGCAUGUUAACAGCUCAGCACUAUUAGCAAGCUCGGAAGGGAAUGGUUCUGUUGAGUUUUUUGAUGUCAGAGACAAAUCUUCUGAAAGUAUACUACACAUUGAGCUGAGUUCCAGACAUGAAAGAGUUUACACGGGUAGAUAUAAUCCUGCCGUUCCGAACCAAUUUCUCAUAGCUUCAAGCAGAGAUUUACAAGUUCACGAUUUGCGCUUUCUUACAAGAAAAGACGUGUAUAAAGGGCUGCUUUCCACCCCUCUUCAGAAUAACGUUAUGUUUGCAAACUGGAACUCCAAAGGCACCGGUGUCAUUGCUCUAGAAGCUGGUCAUUAUCCUAUAUAUUACGAUUUAAUGGAGAAGAAUGUAGUUCGUUUAUUAGAUGAUUGCUAUUCUAACUAUCAUACUGUGAAAUCUGCCGAUUUAAUCGAUGAUCGAUAUUUUGUUUCUGGAAGUGAUACUUUCGAUUUGUUUAUUUGGGAUUUAGAGAAAAAAGAGGAAGAGCGUGGUUGCCAGAAGGCAUCUUCAUUCAAAGACUAUGUUGUAAAAUCUUCAGAUCAUAAACUCGAAGGUCAUCGCUCAAUUGUAAAUAAUGUAUGUUAUAGCAGCUUUAAUGAUAUUUUGAUAUCAUCCGGCGUCGAAAAAAUUGUGAAGGUAUGGUGCCCUUAUGCUGUUUUGAAUUCCUAUAAAGAACCCAACAAAAGAGAAAUCGGAUCAUUGGCUGGGUUCUUGAGAGCUGAUAGUGAUGAAGGUGAAGACAUUGAAACAUUGUUAUAUUUUGAUAGUUUGUUGAUGGAUCCUGGAAUGGAUCUUUUCAAUGAAGAGCUCAACUUCGACGAUGAUGAAGACAGCUCAGAUUCUAAUAACGUUUAUAAGACGAAUCAAGCUCAGGAAGUAUCAUAG